UGUGUGCCCGCAUUUUUUAUUUUGCUUUUCAGGCUCAGCAAAGUCCUUGCCAUUAUGCAAAAUCUGACAGGAUUUCCAAGCAAUUCAACAUCCAGCAACACCACAUCCAUCAUCCUAAAAGUGUGUGUGGUGAUCCCGCUGUUCAGUGUCUUUCUCUACUGCAUUCUUUUGAUGCUGCAUACAUUUGCCUCACACCGGCAAUUCUUUGACAGUUCUCGUUACAUCCUAUUUGCCUACAUGCUGGUCAAUGACACAUUGCAGUUACUCUCUUCUGUGCUGCUCUUUUUAUUUAUGAUGGGCAAUGUGAAGUUUGCCAUUAUCUACUGUGCACCACUGCUCUUUGUCUCUGUUGCCACAUUUCAGAAUGGCCCAUUAAUACUAGCUGCCAUGUCUCUGGAACGUUAUGUUGCUAUCUUCUAUCCACUGUGCCGGCCAAUCUCCUGGAGGCCUGAAAAAAUUUGGGUGAUUGCUUUGAGCUUGUGGGUGAUCAGCUGUAUCCCUCCUACGGUGGAUUUUAUCCUAAUGCGCCCCAACGUGGACUGGAAUGUCUUCAUCACCCCAGUGGCCUGCAAAUCCACAGUACUCAAUGGUUUGCCCAUCCAGACUCUUUUCAAAGUGGCUGUAAACAUACUCUUCUUUGCUGCAGUGGCCAUCAUCAUUCUUUUCACAUACAUUCGAAUCCUUCUGGAAACUCAAAAGAUGCGCCAGGACCGUGCCUCAGUUACCAAAGCCCUGCACACUGUGUUGUUACAUGGACUGCAACUGCUUCUCAGUGUUAUGGUCUUCACAUUUCCUAUUACUGAAAACCUAAUUGUGUUGAACAUUAGAUGGAUGCAGGAAGAUAUUCAAUUUUUCAACUACUUUUGCUUUGUUUUGCUUCCACGCUUUCUCAGCCCACUCAUUUAUGGCCUCAGAGAUGAGAGCCUAAGGAACUACAUGAAAAAAGCUAUGCCUUGCUUUAGGGAUCAUAUUGAGCCACAUGAAGUAGGCAAAAUUACAAAUUGA